UCCUUUGCAACCAGUGGACGUAUGAAGCAACAUACAUUAGUACACACUGGAGAGCGACCUCAUAAGUGCACUUUAUGUGGAAAAUCCUUCUCAACCAGUAGCAAUAUGAAGAAACAUACAUUAGUGCACACUGGAGAGAGACCUCAUAAGUGUACUAUAUGUGGAAAAUCCUUCACAACCAGUUACUAUAUGAAGAAACAUACAUUAGUGCACACCGGAGAGAGACCUCAUAAGUGUACUAUAUGUGGAAAAUCCUUCCAAACCAGUAGCGAUAUGAAGAGACAUACAUUAGUACACACCAGAGAGAGACCUCAUAAGUGCACUAUAUGUGGAAAAUCCUUCCAAACCAGUGUCAGUAUGAAGAGACAUACAUUAGUACACACCUUAGUGAGACCUCACAAGUGCACUAUAUGUGGAAAAUCCUUCCAAACCAGUAGCCAUAUGAAGAAACAUACAUUAGUGCACACUGGAGAGCGUCCUCAUAAGUGCACUUUAUGUGGAAAAUCCUUCUCAAGCAAUGGCAAUAUGAAGCAACAUACAUUAGUACACACCGGAGAGAGACCUUACAGGUGCGCUUUAUGUGAAAAAUCAUUCAAAACCAGUUACUAUAUGAAGAAACAUACAUUAGUGCACACCCGAGAGAUACCUCAUAAGUGUACUAUAUGUGGAAAAUCCUUCACAACCAGUAGCGUUAUGAAGAAACAUACAUUAAGACAUACUAAUGUGCACACAGGAGAGAGACCUCAUAAAUGUACUAUAUGUGGAAAAUCCUUCCAA